CGCAUUGUCUCUGAGGCUGGUGUGAGAGCUAAAUAUCUUCUGGCUGCAUAUAAAGGCACUGGCUGCAGAACAGCAUCUCCUGCUCCAGAGUGCGGAGCAGCGGAAAAUGGAGCCUGACUGAAUGUUUGAGCAGGCGGAAGAAAGGCAGCAGCAGCGGCGGCAGCGGCAGUGGGAGGGUGUGUGCUCUUAUGAGCUGAACUCCACUGCUGCAGUCCGGACAUCAGUUUUGUAUAGGCGUUGAGUGCAGUGCGUUGCAACCGUCAGGGCCGAGACUUCCCUCAUACUGUUGACUAUAGAGAGCUGCUCGCGACGGCCACAGAGCGAUGGGGGCAGAUUUGCGCUGUCUCUAUAGGUAUGUCCGAUUCUAGUGCAGCGCUGCUCAGCUUCAAGAGUUCAGCUGAUUCCUACACGGGUAGACCAUCGGAUUCCGACCUGUCCCUGGAGGAGGACAAGGAGGCGUCUCGGCGUGAGGCCGAGCGCCAGGCCUUGCAGCAGCUCGAGAGAGCCAAGAUCAAGCCUGUGGCAUUUGCAGUGAGAACCAGUGUCAGCUACUGCGGGGCUCUAGAUGAAGACUGUCCGGUUCAGGGUACUGCCAUCAACUUUGAAGCCAAAGAUUUUCUACAUAUAAAAGAGAAAUAUAAUAAUGAUUGGUGGAUCGGGAGGCUAGUGAAGGAGGGGGCUGACAUUGCCUUCAUCCCCAGCCCUGUUAAACUGGAGGCCAUGCGCAUCAAGCAGGAACAGAAAGCUGCUCAGAGGAAAGUGGGAGGGAAUGCGUCAUCUGGGGGUUGGAGGUCAACUCCUCCUUCUGCAGCCAAACAGAAGCAAAAACAGACAGAACAUGUUCCACCCUAUGAUGUUGUUCCAUCUAUGAGGCCGGUUGUUUUGGUUGGCCCCUCACUUAAAGGCUAUGAGGUGACAGAUAUGAUGCAGAAAGCUCUGUUUGACUUCCUAAAACACAGGUUUGAUGGAAGAAUCUCUAUUACACGGGUGACUGCAGAUCUGUCUCUGGCCAAGAGGUCUGUACUGAAUAAGAAAGCUAUCAUGGAGAGGUCUAACACACGCUCUACUCUCGCAGAGGUACAGAGUGAGAUUGAGAGAAUAUUUGAGCUGGCUAAAAGUCUGCAGCUGGUGGUCUUAGAUGCAGAUACGAUAAACCACCCCGCACAGCUCCUCAAGACCUCCCUCGCUCCCAUUAUUGUCUAUGUGAAAGUGUCUUCUCCAAAGGUCCUUCAGAGACUCAUUAAAUCCAGAGGGAAAUCUCAAAGCAAACAUCUUAACGUGCAAAUGAUGGCAGGAGAUAAACUAUCACAGUGCCCACCAGAAAUGUUUGACAUCAUACUGGAUGAGAAUCAGUUAGAGGACGCCUGUGAACACCUGGCCGAGUAUUUGGAUAUAUACUGGCGUGCCACUCACCUACCAGGCUCUGCCCCGGUAAACCCUCUGGUGGAGCAAAAUGUAGUUACACCACCUUCGGCCAACUCAAGCCAACAAUUCUCAGAAACGCAGGAGCUAAUUGAAUGAGCACUACCACAAAUAAAGGGAAGAAAGAAAGUCAGACUGGUUUGGAACGACAUAAGGAGUGGUCUGAGUGACAGAACAUUCCAGAAAGCCCCCCAGAAUAGGCCAGCUACUCAUUGCCCCAGAAUGAGAUGGGGCUCAGAGCAGCUGACCCCCCGCCCCCCACCCCCAGGGGGAUGGAGAAUAAGAUGAGGGUCAGCAAAGAAGUGGACCACUCCCUGCCUCACUGUAAAGGAGCCCUGACAGUGACGACACCUCCCAUCCCCUGUGCUAACACACAUGUCCCCUCUGUAUCUCAGGGCCCCUCUUUUUGCAGGCCUUCAGACAACACACGCAUCCACAUAAUGUAAUACACAUCCUCAGCUGGUCUGAAUGUGCCUGCUGAGAGCCACACUGAGAUCAACAGGGGUUUUCCCCAGCCCCUUGAUGGUGCCGUCUGUCCACCAGGUUAUGCCAGUCUGCCACUCUCUGUCUCUGGGGUGAGGCUGGCACUGGCAUCAGAGAGUCCAUACCAAGUGUUCACAGAGAGGGACAUCCCAUGCAACCAACAUCCUCUCACACAACUGCCAGUCUGUUUUCAAAGCUCACCAUGACAACAGCUUUUGCACAGUACACUGUGGUCAAUUAAGCAAUAUUACACAUCGAUUAUGCACGAUUGCUAUUGUGAUAUUGCUUUUAUCCAACAGUACUAUAAAUAAGAAGUUAAUGGACCUUUUCACAGCUUUUUGAGUACUGAAACGUACAUUUUAGACACGAUAUUGCCAUUUAUUUUGUCUAUUUUACUGCUCUGCUAAAUAUAAUUUUUUUUUUUAAUUGAAGCCAAAGCAGGAUCAACCGUUGCGUUGGCAUGCUGUGAAAACAGACAAGUGGAGAGUAAUGUAAACAGUGAAGCAUCCCUGUGCUGUAUCAAAUCAGCACACUUGAGACACAGCUUGCCCUAUAAGAUUAGACAACCAUCACUAACACUAUAAAUAUGAUUUCAUCAUGAUUAAUAAUAAUUCAGCAUGAGUAAUAAUCCCAACAAGCUUUAUGUAGCACAACCCUCAAAUGACUGUACUAACAGUGUAGUAAAUCAGAGUUUAAAAGCAAGCCUCAUUGACAGUCUCUUCCUUUCCUGUUUGACUUUUCAUGUGUCCUGUCAUUUUAUAUUUAUGUCAGCUGAAGUAAAGUAAAUCAAUUAAUAAAAAAGGGAAAGGAGACCACAUGAAUGUUUGUACAUCUUUUGCCUGGAUCUUUGUAUUGCACUUUACAGCCUCACUACCUGUACAUAAUCUUAUUUAUACUCUCUACUCAUUGUUCUGAAUUACAGUGACCUCUACUGUUUAUGUUUAAAACUACUAGUGACACAUCAUCUUAGCAUCACCACAUCACCUUUGCAAACACCAUCAUGCUUUCUAAAACCUCUUUAAAUACUCUGCUAAGUAUCACUAUAUACCAUUAUUUUUUCACACAAAGAUAUAUCUGUAAUGGUUGGAUCAUAUUUGCACAUUUAAUAUCAAAUCACAAAUAAACAAUCCUUUCUAUAUUAACUAUCAUUAAUUAUUUGCAUGAUAAGUGAUGGUUUUGCUGACAUAUCUGCUUGCUGCUGUAACUGCUGUGUUUUUGCUUGCCGUUCUUCCAUUCAAUAACAAUGACAUUUCCAAAUAUUAGCACAUAACAGGAUGACCUAUGUCUUGUUUGCAGGACAAUCUAAAAGAUCACUGAUUUUACUCUAGGCAUUCAUGCACAUGCAGUCUCAUUGUACAUUGAAUCUAAUCAUGACUAUGCAUGACAAACUUGACAGCAUUUGUAGGAAUACACUGCACUGUAAACUGAAUAGGUAAAUAAAAUGGGCAGACAUAGAAACUAUCACAAACUGCUUGAGUAUUUUCAGAUUAUAUAUUAAAUCCAUUGCCCUUGUCUAUGUCCAUAUAAUUGCACAAACAAAUUACUAAAUUACUUUCUGUUUGUUUAAAAUGUACAUAUGUAAUAUUAUUUACUUAUAUAGAACAAAAAAGUUAUUUGGGACCAUGCUGAAUCUUUUGGCGCUUUUGCUUUACUGAAGUCACAUUUUUGAAUCAAAUGCAAGAGACACACACAAGCACAAUCACUCGAUCAUAAUGAUGGACUACAAUGAGCUCUUCCCAAUCAAAAAUAUGCCUGAUAUAUUUCCAGGUGAUUUGUACAUAGUCAAGAACUAUAUCUUAAGUAUAUUUUCAAUGCUAAUUGUUUAUUUUAUCAGAUGUCUAUGUUGUUCUGUAUAUAUCACAAUUAACUGUACUGUAUGCAACACUGGAGGAAUGCAGAACACAAUAGUUUGAACUCAAAAGUUCUGUCACAGAAUAAAGGGAAAUCAAUUUGAUUGCACUAUUUUUUUUUUAUUUAUUUUUUUUUAUUAUUGUAUUGGAGUUUUCUUCUGAUUUACAAUGCAAUAAAUGCACAAUGUAAGUGUGUAAACCCUCUUCCAAUGGUUACUUUAAUAUAUUGUACUAAUGUGACAGCAUUGACACUAAGGUCUGGUAAAAGAAAAACACAUAAAAGAAAUGUAUGCCCGAUGAUGAACAGAGGUACUUCGUGCUCUGGGGGAAGGAAAAAUAACUCAAAUAAAAACAAAGAAA